AAACAGGAACAGGAUGAAAAAGAUUGGGAUUUUGAUUUAAGUUUAUUCGACUUGUAAAUAUCUAUAAUAAAUAUAUUGUAUAUACUCUUGUCAGUUUUUAUUACUUCUAUGAGGGUAUUUUAUGAACGCCAUAUAUAGCAAUAGCAACUACUACACCCUGGAACUAAUUUACAUGUUUUGCAUAAAUAAACAUAGACCCUUAUAGCAGACAUGGCACAAUAAACGCCUAUCUAUGAAACUGUUGAAAUGUUUGAACAUCGCCAAAACACGUGUAGCUAAUUAUACUAAUGGAAAUUAACAAACAUAAUAAACACAAGAUAUGUUGCCAGAAUGCAACAAAGCGGUUACUUAUUAAAACGAAGGUUAAAAAUACUCCCAAAUAUGCAGUUUUCGAGAGUAAAUAUAAAACGUCAUACAUUUAUCAGGAGCCAAAGUGAUCUAAAUACCCCACGACCUACAUGACCUACACGUGUAAGCUUUUGGAAAUUUACAAACCUCGUAUAGAUAAGUACAAAACACUUGCCAGGUGCAACAAAGUAUUUAUCUAGUAGGAGGGGUGAUGAAAUAUUUAAACACUGUCUAUUUCCUAUAUAAACACAGUGUUAUAGCCAACUCUUAAACAGUGGUUGUUCUCAAUUUCUGUAAAAAUAUAUAAAAUGUUGUGUGUAGUGUUUUUGCUAUUUGUGGUAAGGGUGGUGUACACAAUAGUCCCCACUAAUGUGACAGAUUAUUUAACAACAGUCCCCACUAAUGUGACACAAUAUUUAACAACAUUUAUCUAACAGCACAACAGAUCUUAGACUAUUCUGACGCCUUAUCAACAUUUCAAAAAUAUGCUCAUAUAGUCGCUAACGGAACUUUAAACAAUGAAACGGAAUUUAUGAUGUUAAAACCUCGGUGUGGCUUACCGGACAUAGUAUCAGAUUUUGUGGCAGCUUCUCAUGCAUGGGAAAAAAGACGUUAAAAUUGGUAUUUUCGAUGAUCCGCGACAGGUAUUCGGUUAGCGGAGAGGGCUUUUAGCAUGUGGUCUGAUGUGUCAACUUUAACGUUCAAGAAAACACCUAUUAUUGACGAGGCGGAUAUUCUUAUACAUUACACCCCACGGUCCUACAGUAACUAUUGGACGUGUAUGAAAGGAGUUUGUCAGUUUCCUUUUGAUGGCCCCGGAGUAAGACUGGCUCAUGCAUAUUUUCCUAUAACCGAUGAUAAGUGUAGAGAAAUUCAUUUGGAUUCGGAGGAACAUUGGUAUGAAGGUUUAGAACCGGGCCCUGCUGGUACAGUAGCUUUACUUCCUGUUCUUAUGCAUGAAAUCGGGCAUACUUUAGGCUUGUCGCAUACUACCGACGUUAAUGCUAUAGUGUAUUCCUGGUUCAAAACGGUCUAUUCUCUUGGAGAAGACGAUGUACAUGGCAUUCAAUUUUUAUAUGGCGCCCCGUUAAGUACUACUACGCAUACUUCGACCACCUCAAUACCAAGAGUGAAGUCAAUAAACCCGCCUACUACAACAACAGGUCCGUUCCCUAGAUUGUGUGACGUUAAGAAACCUGAAAAAAUGUUGAUAAUGUCUAAUCACCAUUUUUGUAUUUUCAACGGGGAGGUAUUAUGGAUUGUUGAGUUAAAAAACUAUAGCUAUGGACCAGCAGUUAGAGUCUCAUCAUAUACGGAUAUAGCACCUAUCGAUUUCAUUUAUCAAAGGCCAAACGAGGAGUUUGUCGUUAUUUCGGGGGUUUAUUACUAUAUAGUAGAGUUUCCCGGCUUCCGCAUCAAACACGGAUACAAAAAGGUCCCCCUCACAUCGUUAGGGCUAAAAGACGUUGUUAAGGUACAGGGUAUAGUUAAUACAUAUUCAGGUAGACCAUAUAUUUUUUAUAAUAAUAAUUACUAUGCCGAAAUCGAAGAGUGUACAUUUCAGCAGAAAAAUUAUGGUAUAAUUACCGAGCUGUUUCCGGGGAUACCAAUAGGCAUCAAUGGUGUUUUUAGAUACACCAAUGGAAAUUUGUAUUUCUUUAUGGAAGACCUUUUAUACGAUUUUAACGAGUUUAAAGGGGCCCUUAUACGAGCAGGUCCUUUUGAUUUAAGCCUUUUUGGUAUCAACUGUACCUCCGAUAUCCUGCAGCAAAUUAGAGACCUUAUAAAAACAAUACAUUGA